AUGUGGGGCCAAACUCUGGAGGUGCAGUCAUAUGACUCCCACAUGGCAGAGUGGGGGGUGAGUGUUCCGGGCUCGCUUCUCCUAUGUGAUCCAGAACCUGUGUAGCCUGUCAGAAUCGACUGGAGGGAGCGCGUGCUGCAGGAGCCUGGGCCGCAGGACGAUGACCGCGUGUCGCCUGAUCUGCGUCCCGCAAGCGAAACUUUGCCCGUGCGGCGUGUGAGGAACGCGGCCAAUGGAGGAUCCGAGCGACGGCAGCGGCGCCCGCGGUGCUGGGACGGCGGCGGGAGGGUCGAGCUCAGCGGACGCUUCUCCGGCGGCCGUCGUCCGUGUGGCCGCGGUCGCGUCUCCCGCUGCGUCCGCCGCGCGCCUCUCCCUCCCGGGCGUCAUGGACGCGGAGGGCAGGGUGGACGAGUCCAGGCUGAGGAUGCACAUCUUCAAGAACGGUGGGGCGCCCCCCGCGGAGCGUGGCCUGGUGUGGCGCUUCCUGUUCGGCAUGUACCCGUGCAGCUCCACGGCGUUGCAGCGCUCCCUGCUGCACGAGCAGCUGGAGGUCCGGUACCGGGCCAUGAAGAGAAAGUGGCAGCUGUUCCUUCCUUCCUCCGUGCGCAUGCACCUCAACGGCACUGAUGCUGAGUUGGCGGCAGCUGUCGGCUACUUUGAGCAGAGGCAGGCUCAGGUCCAGCAACAGACCCAGCACCGGUCUGAGGAGGUCAGGGACAGGCUGGCUUUCCUGGAGCUUCAAGCACAGAUAUUGUUUGAGCGGUUCACGUUUGACUGUGAGGAGCUCUCUGAAGCAAUCAGGAUCAUUGACAAGGACGUGCCAAGGACCAACAGAGAUCUGAGCUAUUUUCAGGAGCAAGGUUUGGGCAACCUGUUGGUGCUGAGGGACAUCCUCAUCACUUACGCUGCUUUUCAUCCAGAGGUGAGCUAUGCUCAGGGAAUGAACGACCUGUGCAGCCGAUUCCUUGAGGUCCUUGACUCGGAGGUCGACACUUUCUGGAGCUUCUCCUGCUACAUGGAGAAAUUCUCCAAAGACUUUAGAGCUGAUGGUCUGCACAGGAAAAUAGAGCUGGAGGCAGCACUGUUGAAGGAACUGGACCCACAGCUCUACACUCACUUAGCUACAGACAACAUGGAGAACUUCACCUUCUGCCACAGGUGGCUGCUGCUGGGUUUCCAGAGGGAGUUUGAACACAGUGACGCUCUACGUCUGUUUGAGAUCCUAAGCUGCGACCACCUGGAGCUCAUCUCCCAGCAAGUAGACCAAGCCCGCUACCGGGAAAGACUGGCACGACGACUUAGCACAGAUGACCGCUCAGAGUGCGAGCUGCCGGCCAUCAACACUGACUUCACGUUCGAGCUCUUCAUCUGUGCGGCCAUCCUGCUGGAGAACAGGGAGUCCCUGCUGCGGUGCCGGGACGACGUCCAGCUCAUCCAGUUCACCAGCAGGCUUCAGGGAACGCUGGACCUGAACAGCACGCUGAAGAAAGCAGAGCUCCACUUCUACAACUACUGCAAGCGCUGCGCGUGGGACUAUGGGAAUGGACACUGCAGAGCACAGGAGAGCAAAGACGAAGACUUCCUUUAUCAGCUCCGUAGCUUGUUUCUUUUAAGGUGAUCACUACUAUUUAAAUACCUUUUAAUCAAACUGUUUUUGAUUCCACAUAAUGUUUUGUCUUAGUUUCUAUGAGGGGGAAACACAUGUACUGAUGGCUGCUGACCUUCAUUGCUAUAUGACAACAGACACUGAUUGUGAGACAUUUUAACUGUAAGAGACUAUAAACUGAAAAGAGUUUUGCUUCAUAGUUUUAUAUAAACCUCCAAAUAUAUUCUUUACUGACAGUUUCUGUUUUGGGGUUUUGCAAUAAUCAGCUGCAGCUGGCUCCUUGCCAGGCGGGUCCUAAUAGUAAGAUCUGUGGUGUCGCAGCAGGUGGCGUCUGAGGCGAACUGCAGUUAUAUUUACAGCCAGAUGGCCUGUGUAACAGGAAUAGAGGCACAGAGGCACCAUGUAGAGGGGGGAAGGACAAGUAGUCAAGAUUAUUUAUUUUGUAUUUUAUAUUUGUUACAGUGGAUACCUCAUAAAAUGUAGACUUCUUUAAGCUUUGUUUGUGUUUUGACCCUUAGUUUUAUCUAAAUGUGUAACAUGAGCAAAAACAAGGAACAUUCCCUCAGAAUCCACAUGUAGACAUGAUCACGGUGAAAAUAAAAGUGCUUUUAUCUGA